AUGGCCAUUGCCGCAGCGCUGUCGACCCUGCAAGAUCGGGCCCUCGAGUCCCCACUGCGCGCCCUGGCUGUGGCGGCGCUCAUAAUUCCAUUUAUUUACGUCAUCAUCAAUGAGUUCGUUCGUGCAUCGGCUCGCGUGCAAGGCAUGAAAGGCCCGCGGGGCUUGCCGCUGAUUGGGAACUUGGCUCAGAUCAGAACAAAUGCGGCGGAGCAAUAUCGAUUGUGGUCGAAGAAGCAUGGAGCUGUGUAUCAGAUUCAGCUGGGCAACGUCCCCGUCGUCGUGGUCAAUUCGGCCGCAGCGGCCAAAGUACUCUUUGGACAAAACGCGCAGGCCCUGAGCUCCCGUCCUGAGUUCUAUACGUUCCACAAGAUUGUAUCCAACACUGCCGGCACCACCAUUGGAACAUCACCGUACAGUGAUUCGUUGAAACGACGCCGAAAGGGCGCCGCCUCGGCGCUCAACCGCCCAUCCGUGGAAACGUACGUGACCCACCUGGAUGUCGAGUCCAAGGCCUUCGUGGCCGAGCUGUAUAAAUAUGGCAUGGGCGGGCAGAGCCCCGUCGACCCGAUGCCGAUGAUCCAACGACUGAGCCUGAGCCUAGCCCUGACCCUGAACUGGGGCACGAGGAUUGCGUCCCAAGAGGAGGAACUGUUCGAUGAGAUCACCCAUGUCGAGGAGGAAAUCAGCAAAUUCCGCAGCACCACGGGCAAUCUGCAGGACUAUGUCCCUCUGCUCCGGCUGAAUCCGUUCAAUUCAAACUCCCAAAAAGCGGCCGAGAUGCGCAUCCGUCGGGACAAGUAUCUGAGCGGUCUCAACCGCGACCUGGAUGAUCGCAUGGAGAAGGGGAUUCACCAGCCAUGCAUCCAGGCCAACGUCAUCCUCGACAAGGAAGCCAAGCUGAACAGCGAGGAGCUCACGUCAAUUAGCUUGACCAUGCUCUCGGGUGGACUGGACACCGUUACCACCCUGGUCGCAUGGAGUAUUUGUCUGCUCUCCCAGCGCCCAGAUGUCCAGGACAAGGCGGCCAAAGCGAUCGGGGAGAUGUACAGCCCGAAUGAGCCGAUGUGUGCGGCCGAUGAUGACCAGAAGUGUGCUUAUGUGGCAGCUCUCGUUAAGGAGUGCCUUCGAUAUUUCACCGUCCUCCGGCUGGCACUGCCACGCACCUCGAUCCGGGAUAUUACGUACAACGGCAUCGUGCUGCCCAAAGGCACAGUCUUUUUCCUGAACGCAUGGGCCUGCAACAUGGAUCCCGAGGUGUGGACCGAUCCCGACGAGUUUCGCCCCGAGCGAUGGCUGGAGCAGCCGGAUGCACCCAUGUUCACCUACGGCAUGGGCUAUCGGAUGUGUGCAGGCUCCUUGUUGGCUAACCGCGAGCUCUACUUGGUGUUCAUGCGCAUGCUGAACAGCUUCCGCAUCGAGCCGUCUGACAAGGCUGACUGGCACCCCGUCCGGGGCAACUCGGACCCGACCAGCUUGGUGGCCAUUCCGCAGCGAUACAAGGUCCGCUUUGUGCCGAGAGAUGAGAAGGCACUGGGCAAGGUGUUGGAGGAUCAGUCUUAA